AUAAAAUACUGCUAUCACUGAUGAGAUAAAAGUUUUGUUUUCUGUGCUUCUAUUAAUUUUUUCUGUUUUCUUGAUUCAUAACAAGGUGUUGUUUGUCAGAGAGUAUCUUUAUUAAUUAUAACGUAAUUAGUCAAAGUAAACAUGAUUGUCAAUGAAACAUGUAAUACGUCAUAAAAUUGUUUGUUUCGCAGUCCAAUACUUUAACCUAUGGUUAGUUUGUAAUCAAACAAAAUGUAUAACAGAAAUUAUACAUUAUGAAACGUUCAAAUUAUUAAAAUUAUCGUCUUAAAAUAUGAAUGUAUAUAAGUACUCAAUAUCGAAUUUUGCUCUGUCUAAUGAGCAGCGAGAUUUUUAUGAAACAAAUGGUUUUUUACUCGUUCAAAAACUAGUUCCAGAUUAUUUAUUGGACAGAUGCAAUGAACGUUUUCUUGACUUAUGCAAUGGAAAAAUUUGUCAAAAUGGAAUAACUUUAAUGAAAGAUAUUUCUCGUAUGAACCGAGGUUAUAAAGGAGAAAACUUAUAUGGUAAAGCACAAGAUAUAUUAUGGGAUGAUGAAUUCUAUGAAUAUGCCAGGUACCCAAAAAUGAUAGAUAUAAUUGAAAGUAUCAUCGGAAGAAAUGUUAUGGCUAUGCACUCAAUGUUCAUAAAUAAACAGCCAGAUAUUGGUACCAAAAGUUCAAGACAUCCCUCACAUCAAGACCUUCAUUAUUUUCCUUUUCGUCCACCUAAUUUAAUUGUGGCUUCAUGGACUGCUGUGGUGCCAGUUACUAAAGAUAAUGGCUGCCUUUAUAUUUUUCCAGGAUCCCAUACUGGAAAAUUGUUUCCUCAUUCUUAUCCUAAUCCAAAAGAAGGAGAAAUUAAUAAAAUGUAUUAUGGAAUUCAAAAUAAGGAAAUAAACAACCAGAAAUCAAUAUUUGUAGAAAUGAAUAAAGGUGAUACUUUGUUUUUCCAUCCCUUGUUAGUGCAUGGAUCUGGAAUUAAUAUCACACAAGAUUUUCGCAAAGCAAUUUCGGUUCAUUAUGCCUCAUCUGAUUGCCAAUACAUAAAUGUAGCAGGUUCAACGCAAGAAAACAUUCAAGAUGAAAUAAUGGAUAUACUUGCUAAAAGAGGCAUAAAAGAUGUUGACUUUUCAUUUGUUUGGAAAAUACGUUCUCGGUUAAUUAGAGGAACUAAAGCAAACCUAUAAUUUAAGUUAAGUGUUUUGGAGUUUAAUUUAUUUUUUCAUUGACUAAUUUUUAUAUAAUUUAUAUUAUUAUGAAAUUCUUAAUAAAUAUAAACAUAUCAUUAAUUUUUUUUGUUAAAAUCGUUUUUGUAUAAAUAAUUAUUAUUGUUAUUGUUAUUUUUAUUGUUUUAACUUGUUAUUUUUAUACAUAAUAUUAAUAAAAUUAUUUUAUUGAA